CCCUCCCCCCGUUGUUUACGCGUCGUACGUCGAGGACAACCACCAAUCGUUUCCCAGUCGGAAAUCGAGCGGACGGGGCCCCGAAGAUCCGGCGGCUGCCUGGAUCCGUGACAACUUGGAAGCCUCUACCACGGUGUCUCGGCCGAUAAUGCGACACAGCCGGCAGGGCUAGCGUUAAAGGGACGAAAACAGCGCGGUACCUAACACCCCCUUCGUGGCCUCGCCACUGUGGUCUCGCUAAUGAUACAACGUUUUGAACGUUCAAAUUGUCCACGUCUGUGCGAGCUGGUGGAUUGCAUCGUCGUUCACGGAUCACGUGGCAACGGAACAAGGCAUCCCACGGACGAGGGCAGUCACGCAUUCGGAUCGUGCACCAACGAUAAUGCGUUUCGUCGUCCGCUGAGAUUGGAUCGCUGCGUCGAGAUUUCAGGCUCGCUCGAAUUAAGAAGGAAGGGGGGCGAUUGAUCGAGGGCAAGGGUGACGAUACACGAUCGUGCUCGAGAUGGAUCCCGGGCAAAGUUACGGAAGGCGAGGUUACGGGAUAACGCUUUCGACCACGCUUUCGUUAUUAUUAAGAUAUCAAUAACGAAUUAAUCAUCGUACGGGCCGCGCAGUGUCCGCCUCUUUGGAACGGGACAUUGAUAUCUGCUGGACCAUGCCACGUUUCUCGAAGAGAUGAUAAUCGACGGACAUUGACAGUGCCUGCCUGCCUCCAUAGAGAAUACAUUACGUGGCGCGUAAUGGAGGAACACGUGAACCAGACGAGAAACUCGACCUCGGACGGGUUGGUUUUCACGGAUGCCUCGAUCAUUCUCAGAACAUUGGUGCUGGGUCUCUUGAUACUCGUCACCGUUGUCGGGAAUCUGUUCGUGAUAGCUGCGAUCCUGCUCGAGCGGAACCUGCAAUCGGUGGCCAAUUAUUUGAUCGUCAGCUUGGCCGUGGCCGAUCUCAUGGUCGCCUGUCUGGUCAUGCCUCUCGGCGCGGUUUACGAGAUAAACUCGGAAUGGUCGCUCGGGCCUGAGCUUUGCGACAUGUGGACCAGCAGCGACGUUCUCUGCUGCACUGCCUCGAUAUUGCAUCUGGUGGCUAUCGCGGUCGACAGAUAUUGGGCAGUCACCGAUCUCAAUUAUAUACAGGCGAGGAAUCCACGACGGAUUGGUAUGUUGAUCGUCGCCGUCUGGGUGGUGUCCUUAGGAAUCUCGUUGGCGCCUCAACUUGGAUGGAAGGAUCCUGAUUAUUUGGAUCGUAUAGCGGACGGGACUUGUCUGGUUUCGCAGGAUCCCGCAUACCAGAUCUUCGCCACUUGCGCGACAUUCUAUCUACCCCUGUUGGUUAUUCUAUUCCUGUACUGGAGGAUAUUUCAAGCGGCGCGGAAGCGGAUCAGAAGGAGGCCGGGAACCAUUGUGCAGCCAGCUCGUGAAAGAAGAGGCAUCCUUAGAUACGUCACAAAAAGACCGAGGGAGGAAUCGACAGCGUUCACGAUAACGAGAUCCACGCCGGAUCAUUCCUCGAUCUCGCCUGAGAAAUCGUCGUCUUACAACGGGGCGAACGCGACCCAAUCGACCACGGUCACCCCGUCUACCGUUUCGACGACCACCACUACCACCACCACCACGACAGUGACGAAUCCUUCGAGCAGCCACUCGACCCACUCGUCGAGCAAGAGGACGCGCGACACGAUCGAGUCGAAGCGCGAGAAGAAAGCCGCGAAAACGCUCGCGAUAAUCACAGGGGCUUUCGUCGCGUGUUGGUUGCCUUUCUUCGUUGUAGCGUUGCUCCGCGCCACUUGCCAGGUCUGCGAGCCACCUGAGCUCAUAGCAAGCGUCUUCCUGUGGCUGGGCUAUUUCAACAGCACCCUGAACCCUGUGAUAUACACUGUAUUCUCACCAGAGUUCAGGCAAGCCUUCAAGAGGAUGCUUUGCGGUGGUUCCAGGAUAAUUCGCUGACAGUGGAUUUAAAUCUCGCGCCAGUCGCGUAUGAACUGAGAGAGAGAGAAUGAUUGAGAGAGAGAGAGAGAGAGAGAGACGGGAUAUGCGUGUGGACGGAUGCGUCGCGUGUACAUAAGACAGUUCAAUAUUCUAACUCCUUCCUCUCUCCUUUUUAAAUAGCGUUCGGAUAUCGCGGAUACUUAGGCGAAACCCUUAGAGAGCCCAUAGAUAGUUUCCCUCCCCCCUUCGAAAAUUUUCCGCUGGAAAUGACAAGUUUAACGAGCGGAUCCGGAUAACUUUCGCCGUUCGACCGGAAAGUUUCGCGCGAUUUUUCGAAAAAGAUGGACGGACGGACGGACGGAUGAUGAUCCGACAACGUGCGAUUGUUUUCAUCGAAGCGACGGUAUCCGGGAUAACGCUGCAUCUUAUAAUAACGCGAGAGAAAUUCUCUGUUCGAAAUAGCUCCGCAUUUUUCCGAUACGUCUAUUAAAAGAAAAAAAAAAAAAAAAAGAACGCUCUUUUAUCCAUUAAGGGUUUUUGGUUGACGAAAAUCAUGAGGAGAGAAGAGACGACGAGCGCCACGGUCUCGAACGUGUUACGAUCAAAAGGGAGGGAAAAGGGGGAGAAAGUGAUCGAUUCGAAAUCUCGAGAAUGAUCCAGUCGACACCUCCGUGAUAGUUUCGAUAGAUUAUUUUAGAUUACAUUAUAUAAAAUUUCAAUUGUCUUUGCAAGGAGCGGAGGUCGAUACUCGCGAGAUACGAGAACGAUCCUUUGUUCAAUUUAUAUUGUAUUUUAUAAAAUUCAUUGGAGAAGAUCGUUCGUGAUUUUUAAUUAGGCGAUAGAUGGACGAUUUGCUCGAUUCGAUUUGAACGUCGUGCGUUUGUCGAGGCACGGAUCGAGAGGAAAGAGGUAAUUAGAGAUCGAACAAUUUUUUCCCCGAUUGCUCGUAGCGAUUGGUCGAAACCGGUUGGUGUUACGCAAUACGCGCAAUACGAAUGCCGCGUGCAGAUUGUAUAGACGCUCGUUUAUUUCGUUGCUGCUCACGAAAUCGCUCCGCGAUUCUCACUUAAACGAUUUAAAUAAAGAUAGAGUGUUAGAUAUCAUCGGCGGCCAAAAGAAUAAAUAAUAGAUCGUCGAUUUCUCUUCGUGAAAAGAAAAGAAAAAGAAAAAAGAAAAAGAAAAAGAAACAAAAAAAAGUGAAAAAAAAGUGAAAAAUCGUAGUUUCCACCGAUCGAAUUCGAUGUUCCAUCGAAUUCUCGCGUGUGACGGCGACGCGUUAACGUCGUUUCUAUUGUAAAUACAAAUGGGAUUUCUAUAGGAUAAAAAAAGGUAUCCCCUCUCCGAACUACCGAAUGCGAGAUCGGUAAUAAAACGAGGCGGCCAGGCCGAUCCUGGCUUGCGCCAGCUAGUUCGCAUCGUUGUUCUCGAACGUAGAAGGUGAACGAGAUCUUUGCGCUUCCGUAUCACGAUUUGCUCACGAUUUCACAAUUUCUGGGAACGAUCGUCCUCCACGAUCUCUUUUCACGAUUUCAUUAUCGUGCAUUAACGUUAAGAGAUCAUACGAACCACUUUGUUUCACUUUUCUCUUUCUUUGUUCAACUUUUUCAUCCGUCGAAUUCCUCUUCCCCUCUUUGAAACUUUUCCAAUUAUCGAAUAUUCUUUGGUUACAAAGAAAGCUUCCAAGCUUUCUCGUUUCGACUUUGAAAUUUUAAUUUUCUUCUUUCACGCGCGUCGCGUAAAGAUCGUUCGAUAACGCCUUACCAUGUACGAAAUACGGAUACUCUAUCCACGCUAGCGAGUUUCGAGGAUUAAUGUUUGACGCGAGACAGAGACAAAGCGACAGAGAUGCAAACGAAUGAAAAGGGAAGGAAGAGGAAAGAAACGUGUAUUAAAUUAAUAAAUCGCAAUCAGAGUGCAGAGUUAUCCAACGAUUCGAUUAUCAGCUUCUGAUCGCGCCCUUUUUUUUUCGAUGAUGCGAUUUUUAAAAUUAAACGAGACGAAGAUUAUAUACGGUGUUCGAAAGUAAAGUAAGAAAAAAAAAAGCGAAUAGCACGUACGAGUAUCAAAAAAAAAAAAAAAAAAAAAAAAAGAAAAGAAAAGGAAGAUAGCAAAUUGAAAAAGGAGGAAAAAUACGAGAGGCAAGGAAAGCUGGAACGUUUACAACGAUGCUUCGUAUGUAUAAUAUUUAUUUCUUUGCAAUCACUGAUGUAAAUAAAUGCAACAGUUUCAAAACGGUUGGCCGAAUCGCUCGGUUGACGUCAACUUGA